AUGGCCGCUUCGACCGCCGCUGCCCCAGCCAACCAAGAGCUCAAGAGCGAGUCGGCAUUCACGAACGCCUCCUUCGAACCGCCUGAACGUCCCAAGAUAACGACCCGCCAGACGCUCGUUCUCGCCUUCCUCUCGCUCGGCGUGAUCUAUGGCGACAUCGGGACGUCGACGCUCUACACGCUUAACGGAAUCUUUCCGGCUGCUGGCGCGAUGCCUAGCGAGGAGGACAUCGUUGGAGGUGUCUCCGCGAUCGUCUGGGCGAUCCUCCUCGUCCCGGUCAUCAAGUACUGCCUCAUCGCGCUCGAGUUUGGCACGUCGCACGGCGAAGGCGGCCCCUUUGCCGUCUUCACGACGCUCUACCCUCCCCGCCAGUCGAAGCAAGAUGGCUGGCGAACCCUGACGACCUACACCAUGGCGACUGCGCCUCCAUCCUCACUCGCCGCCACCUCGUUCCUCCACCGCCCGCUCAUCAAGCUCUUUCUCUUCUGCCUCACCCUCUUCGGCGUCUGCCUCACGGUUGCCGACGGCAUGCUUACGCCCGCCGUCUCUGUCACUUCAGCCAUCGUCGGUCUCUCCUACGGCGCACCAAAAGCCGCCAACGCAGUCGUGGGCAUCUCAUGUGGCGUCCUCGUCGUCCUCUUCAUGGUCCAGCCAUUCGGAACGAAGAAGAUCGCCACCCUCUUUUCGCCUAUCGUCCUCGUCUGGCUCGGACUGAACGGCAUUUGCGGGAUCAUCAACAUCGCCGCUCAUCCGGCCAUCUUCCGCGCUUUCGAUCCAUCCCGCGCCGUCAUGCUCUUCGUCCGGACGAAGAACUUUGACCUGCUCGCAGGCGUGAUCCUCUGUAUCACGGGUGUUGAGGCGCUCUUCGCUAACCUCGGCCAGUUCUCGAAGGGCUCGAUCCGCCUCGCAUUCUGCUGCUUCGCCGCGCCCUGUCUCGUCCUCCAGUACCUCGGCCAAGGCGCCAAGCUCGUCACCGGCGGCGAAGCAGUCCUCUCGAACGUCUUCUUCAACGCGAUCCCCGGCGGCGUAGGCGGCGGCCUCUGGUGGACCGUCUGGAUCUUUGCCGUCCUCGCGGCAGUCAUCGCUUCUCAAGCAAUGAUCACCGCGACAUUCAGUCUCGUCGAGCAGCUCGUCUCGCUCAACGUCAUGCCGCCCAUCCGCAUCGUCCACACCGACUCGACCUCGCGCGGCAGGAUCUUUGUCCCGGCAGUCAACUUCCUCGUCCUCGUCGGCACUCUCGGUCUCACGAUCGGCUUCGGCACCGAAGCGGGCUUGACGAACGCCUACGGACUCGCAGUCUCGGGCGUCAUGAUAAUCACGACGACGAUUCUCGCCGUCGCGAUGGCCCAAGUCAAGCACCUCCCCGUCCUCGUCGCGAUAGGGUACUUCCUCCUCUCAGCCUUCAUCGACGGCCUCUUCUUCGGCGCGUCCCUCAAGAAAGUCCCGACUGGCGCGUGGUUCUCCAUCGGCCUGGCGACGAUCCUCCUCGUACUCUUGCUCGGAUGGUCGUGGGCACGCGGACUCGAGGAACAGUUUGACAAGAAUCAUCGGUAUAGGCUGUCGGAGAUCAUGAAGCCGUCGAGGGGAGGAGCGGAUGCCGCAGCGACCGAGAAGAAGGACGCAAAGGAGGGCGAGGGCAAGACGGAGACGGAGACGGCAGCGGUCGCUCAGCUCGAGCGAGGCGGAGAGGCGGGUCCCGUCCAGAGGCGCAGGCCGCAUCCGCCGGCUUACGAGGCGACUGUUGGCGGUGCUUCGCUCGCCAGGCUGCCCGUGUUUGCCCUCUUCCACAACCAUUCCUCCUCGAGCUCAGACGGCGCCCCUCACUCCUUCGUCGGCUUCCUGCGCUCCUACCCCGCCCUCCCUCGCAUCAUCGUCUUCCUCUCCGUCCGCGUCGUCGGCGUCCCUCACGUCACCCCCGAAGACCGCUACCUCGUCGACCGCCUGCGCCAGUUCGAUGGACUCUAUACAGCGACUGUCUCCUUCGGGUAUCGCGAUAAGAUCGAUUUGUCGGACGUGGCGAGGCCGUUGAGGGAUAGGAUUGUGGCGCUCGAGUCGCGGUCGGUGGAGGGUCGGGGGGCGCUGGAAGAGAAGGUGGCGAAGAUUGACGAGGCGCUCAACGGCGCUGUCACCCACAUCCUCCCGCACUACCACGUCUCCGCCGACAAGUCCUCUCGCCGCCCGUGGCUCGUCAACUACCUCCGCUCGUUCAUGCUCGAGGAAGUCUACCGACGAGUGAAGGUCAAUUUCGACGCGUACGAGGGCUGGGACUUUGGCUCGGAGGAGGACGUGUUGAGGAUGGGUGUUGCGGCGACGUUGUGA